AUGGCUGUAGGAGGUAUCGUUGAUAACGGCGUCAGCAAAGAGUACGAGGGUCGUGUGACCGCGUUCGUUGUCAUCACUUGUGUGGUGGCUGCAACGGGUGGGCUCAUUUUCGGGUAUGACAUCGGUAUCUCAGGUGGAGUGACGUCGAUGGAUGAAUUCCUAGAGAAGUUCUUCCCAUCGGUUUAUGCCAAAGAAAAAGACGCGUCCGGACAUGAUAGCCAAUACUGCAAGUUUGAGAACCAUCUGCUCACCCUCUUCACCUCGUCCCUCUACCUGGCAGCCCUUGUGGCCUCCUUCCUUGCUUCGGCCACCACCCGUAAGUUUGGCCGCAAAAUCUCGAUGACCACUGGGGGUCUCGUUUUCCUGGUGGGCGCGGUCCUCAACGGUGCAGCCGUGAACGUGGAGAUGCUGAUCAUAGGCCGCCUUCUUCUGGGUGUUGGGGUCGGGUAUGCCAACCAGUCCGUCCCCGUAUAUCUAUCCGAGAUGGCUCCCCCCAAACUCAGAGGAGCUCUCAACAUUGGCUUCCAGAUGGCCAUCACCAUCGGCAUCUUUGCGGCCAACCUCGUCAACUACGGGACAGCCAAUAUGAAGGAGAACGGGUGGCGGGUGUCUCUCGCACUGGCUGCAGCGCCCGCUCUCAUCAUGACUGUCGGCUCCGUCUUCCUCCCCGACACCCCCAACUCCCUGAUCGAGAGGGGCCAGAGGGAGAACGCCCGCAAGAUGCUCGAGAAGAUUCGGGGCACUCCCAACGUGGAUGACGAGUUUUCCGACCUUGUGGAGGCAAGCCAGGCCUCACAGCAGGUCGACCACCCUCUGAAGACGCUCCUCGAGAAGAAGUACCGUCCCCACCUCGUGAUCACCUCCCUCAUCCCAUUUUUCCAGCAGUUCACAGGGAUCAAUGUGAUUAUGUUCUACGCCCCCGUGCUCUUCAAGACCCUCGGCUUCGGGGACGAUGCCUCCCUCAUGUCGGCAGUCGUCACAGGCCUCGUUAAUGUGCUUGCCACGUUCGUCUCCAUCUUCACGGUGGAUAGGUUCGGGAGGAGAUUUCUGUUCUUAGAGGGGGGGAUCCAGAUGCUCUUCGGCCUCUUCUUCUUCUUCGCCGGAUGGGUGGUAAUGAUGACCACGUUUGUCUACUUUUUCGUGCCCGAGACUAAGAAUGUGCCCAUUGAGGAGAUGAACAGAGUGUGGAAGAGCCACUGGUUCUGGGGCAAGUAUAUUCCCGAUGAUGCCGUCGGUCUGGCUCACCAUAAUAACACUGUUUGA